AUGAAUGCGCUGGCAUCCGCUCACACUGGCGACGUGAGGGGGCCCUCGCUCAGCCAAGAGGUCGCAGGCGAAGACGGCAAUGAUCAGCGUUCAGAUGGCAUCGGCAAGGCGGCUCAGGGACUGAUUGAUGUGGAGAGUUCCCAAACGAUUUUCAAGCUGGAAACACAGUCAGUGUACGGCAGCGCCUUCGCGUUCCCGCAGAUUGCCAGAAGCUCUGGCUACCGGGGGAUGUUUGUGGCCUUGUGGUGCCGGGCGUACUUGGCAUUGGGGCUGAACUACCUGGUGCAAUUUGCACUAGUGAUGUUUGUGGGCGAAGCAACCCAGAUCAUGAACCCGCUGGGCGGACAGAUGCACCUUUGCGACUUCGGCGCAGAUUUAGAUGUAUGCAAGGGCCCAGACGCACCGUUCCAACCACGGUGCACUGGUCCUGGGGGGACCCAGUUUUCACCUCCGCGACUCUAUGGCUACACACAGUGGGCCGUGCAGAAAUUCACCAAGCAGGCGCUCCUGGAUGUGCUACCAGACCAAGAAGGCCUCAUCAACGAGAAGGUUGAUCCUGGAGAAUAUGGGCUAGAGAACCGCAGCUGCCGUUGGCUGUGCUUGCUGCUCUUCGCCCUGUCAGUGAACCACGAGAUCCAAGUUUGCCUUCGCAUGAUCGCCAUGUUCUGGUACCUGCCAAGCGAUCCAGACAAGUGCGACUGGAUCGAGAUCGACAAGCAGCACAAGGCUAGCUACCGUAUUGCCGGCAUGCCCAUCCACUGGAAGCUCAUCACGGGCCUGACUGUGCUGAUCCCCAAGGGCACGACCCUUCUGAUGGACACAUCGGGCAUCUUGGACACCGUCCUGGGCGCCAUGUCGAUGGCUUUCAUCUUGAACGUGGACGAGAUGCUUCACGACUGCAUGAUCACCCACGCCGGCCGGAACGUCAUGGACGGCAUCCGGGGGCUUCGGGACGAGCCUGAUUCAGAAGGUGCCGAUGACGCUGAAGCUGGUCCGAGGUAUCAUGACAAGGGCCCCAAAGUCUUCGACUUGUUCAGGCAGGUGGUCCCCCUACGUCUCCUGAUGACCCUCAUGGUUAUGGGGGUCUUCAUCCACCGGUAUUACCGGUUCAAGUGCGUCUACAAGGAGGAGCUGGGCUUGUGGGUCUCCAAAGACAUGUACCUUCCGGAGAGAGCUUCCUACUCGCUCACAGACUUCAUCUUCAACGGCAUGCUACACACUGUGGAGAGCAGCUCAAAGCCUUUCUGGACAAUGCCCACCCCGCCACACCUUCAGUAG